AUGAAAGAACAUGGAAAAAUUCAAACAAUGAUUGUUCUAAAAUAAAAUUCUAAUAUUUCUUUUGAAAGCUGACACUGGUAUGGACUUAAGGCCGCAGGGCCGUGGUGGUACAAGCGAUAAACAAAAUAUGAAAAUAUCUACUGAACAUUGCAGUAUGGUUGUGAAAUAAUACCUCUAAACCGGGCAUUCUUAUGGAUCCUUCAGUAAAAAGUGAAAGUAAAUUUUGCUAUGCUCGGGGAUGCAAAGCAACAAAUAAAGUCACAUUAUCCUGUCAAUCUAUCGGAAAGAUCAAGCACUAAAAUAAGGGGUCAAGUGCAGUAAAAAACAAAUUGGUUCCACCGUCAUUAUUUUACUUUAAAGUUUGAGUAACUGUGAAUCUUGGAAUUUGUGGAAAAUGUGCUUAACACAACCCAUCACAUUAAAUAGUCAUGAGCAUAAACGGUUUCUAGACCUCCAAAGUGAUUCAGUGAAAAUGCAACCCAUGCAGGUUACAAAAAUUGACAAAAAGCCAUUAGGUGAUGAAACAUCUAAUGAAUGUCGUGUUUCCUAUAAUUUCGCGUAUCAUUUGCGUGAUCUAUGCUCAAAAUAAGCUAUUCAAACGACAACAAUCUCCUGCGUUAAUGUUGAGAAGAAUUUUACUUGCUGUUUUGUCUUGAAUACAGUUUUAAAUAUUAUCAUUUUCAUAAGUAAAACUUAUGAGGAUUGUGGCUCGCUCAAAAUUCUGCUUCCUCUUCAACUUAGAUAUGUUUUGUGACUCCAAUGAUUAUAAAUUGACGUUAUUUGUGAAGCUGAAAAUACAAAAUAUACAAAUACACCUCCUAUCUGUUUGAGCAGCGCCAUCUCUAGGACCUGCCCCUCGGUAAUAGUACACGUUGCUAAUGGCCAACCUGUUUGGUACUGUUAUAAAUACAUACUAUCAAUCAACUUUGAUUCUUCGUUAAAAAACUUGGAAGAUCAUAUUUGAUCAUCUCUCUGUAGAUAUCAUUGCGACCUCUCGGAAUCUCGGUAACGGUUGCAUCUGCUAUGCAAUGAUUUAGAAUUACCACGAAAAUAUAUAUCUUAUGUCUUCAUAAAAGAUGAAACUGUUUUCCACGUUCUCGUACUUCUGAUAAUUUUAAGAUGUCUCCAAAAGCAUUUUUAGGGCAGGUUACAUUUUAUGACCCUUUACAAGCUAUAUUUAACUACGUAAUACCAUGAAUAUAUUUUUAAUAUAUUUUUCAUAUAGACAAUCCGUCGGA